UGGUUCUCACUGUAUUGAUUAUUUUCAUAUAUCUCUCCCUCCCUCCCUCUUUCCCUCCCCCUCUCUCUCUCUCUCUCUCUCUCUCUCUCUGAUCAUCUCCAGCUUGCCUGAUCUCUGAUCAGUUUUCCUGGCCUUCUUAUCGAUCCUCCAGCUCGUGCCUGUGAGUCAGCCCGUCCGGUGUCGGUCUGGUUCCAUCUGGUUUCUUCUGGUUCCGGUUGUAUGUUCCGUAACUUUUCAGAGUGGACCUCCGCUCUCAGGUUAGCUGUUAGCAACUUGCCUCUAGCUUCAUCUUACGGGUCUUUUCCUGCUCAAAGUCUCCAUCCCACACCGAAUCUUGCUCGCUGCUGUGCAGACUGAACACUUCGGCUUAGCUACGGGCUAGUUAGUCAGUUAGCAGGGCUAGCAGGGCAGCUAAGCUAACUAGAUAGCCCUUAGCCUGUGUUAGCAGCCAGCAGUUAGCCCCCGCUGGCUCGGUCCUCCUCAUGCCGGCGAUGCUGGAGAGAAACCCGGAGGCUCCGGGGAAGAGGAGAGGCAGAGGUCCGACUGGCAGCGGCAGCAGUGGACCCGGAGCAACGGCGACUCACGUCGGGAAGAGCCUGUCCGGUAAUGGAACCAGCAACAGCUGCUGGGAAGACGGAAGCUCCGGCUCGAGCAGCGACGAGGAGCAUGGUGGAGGAGGGAUGCGGGUUGGAACCCAGUACCAGGCCCUGGUUCCGGACUUUGACCCGGAAGUGGCCCAGGCAGCUCAGCUCAGAGAGAACCUUGGCAUGUUGGUGUGGAUCCCCAGCAGCUUCCUGAACCAGACUCAGUUGGACGAGUACAUCGCCAUUGCCAAGGAGAAGCAUGGCUACAACAUGGAGCAGGCUCUGGGAAUGCUCUUCUGGCACAAACACAACAUUGAGAAGUCUCUGGCCGACCUGCCGAACUUCACUCCCUUCCCUGACGAGUGGACGGUGGAGGACCGAGUUCUGUUUGAACAGGCGUUCAGCUUCCACGGGAAGAGCUUUCACCGCAUCCAGCAGAUGUUACCUGAUAAGGCCAUGGCCAGCCUGGUGCGCUUCUAUUACUCCUGGAAGAAAAGUCGCAGUAAAACAAGUCUGAUGGACCGACAGACCCGAAAACACAAGAGAGAGAGAGACGACAGUGACGAUGAAGUCGAGGAAAGAAACAUAAAUCCUCCUGUUGACUUCGAGCUCGUCCCAAAUAAAGACAACAAGGAGCUGAGUUCUGGACCAGAGAGGUCAGAGGUCAAACCAGCCCCUGGACUGAAGACAGGCAGCAAGGCGUCUCAGCGGUUGAAGAAGCGUCCUCCCAAAGGAAUGUUCUUGAAUCAGCAGGAUGUCGUUUCUCUCUCGUCUUCGUCUGCUCAGGGACUCAUCAGACAGCUGGACUGUCAACUGGUCUCCAUAAAGAGACAGAUUCAGAGCAUCAAACAGUCGAACGGUUCUCUGAAGGACAAGAUCUGCUCAGGAGUCAACGAGUUCAGGCAGCCUGAGGUAACAAUGGUGACGCACACAAACCAAAAUGCCAAAGUUAACACUCGUUGGACCACCGAAGAGCAGCUGCUUGCUGUACAAGCCAUCAGGAAGUAUGGGCGGGACUUCCAGGCCAUCUCAGAUGUGAUUGGUAACAAGUCGGUGGUUCAGGUGAAGAACUUCCUGGUGAACUACAGAAGGAGGUUUAACUUGGAUGAGGUCCUUCAAGAGUGGGAGGCUGAACAUGGGACAGAUGGGGGUGGAAGAGGACGAGGGGGAGAGGAGGACAAGAUGGAUGACAAGAUGGAGGAGUGUACUGCUGAGGAAGAGGACUUCGCCGCCACAGAAACAAAGGAGGACUCGUCCUCUCCCGUGGACUCUCAGAAGCCUCUGCCUUCUUGACUCUCUGACUCUGCCCACUAGUUCUAUGAUGCUGUCAUGAGUUUUUUUUAUUAUUUGGACUUAUAGAAUGGUCAGAAUGAGGUUUGUGUUAUGAACCUCAUUGAGACAACCCUCUCUGGACCACUCAGAAAUCAAAGAGGGGGGGCCUGUUCUUUUUUGUCUACAUAUUUCCCCUACAUCAAUGUUUUGUUUUGAAUCUUUUGUCUUUGAGGGCGGAGUUUUGUCAUGUUGGAUGAUGUCACUCAAGUUGGGGUGCAUGACAAAAAUCAAAAAUAUCAAUAAAUGAUUUUGUUUCUUUA